CCCUCUCUCCCCGGCCUCAUUACACUGGAUGUCCCAUCGUUAAGAUGCUUUAAGGGGCAUGGAAGAGUUUGUGGCGGAGUUUGAGGAGCUGGGCGGUGCUACUGUUAAGUGGCUCCAGAAUCUGUUCAGGUUUACAGAGGAGAACCUCCUUCCAGUAGUGCAUUCUGAAAUAACUUGCAAAGAGCUGAGCACCUGUCUUGUUAAAUGCCUGCGCAGAAUUUGUCUCAAUUGCAGUGAUCCCUGCUGCCAAGAAGGACAAAAUGAGCUUGCUCUUCUUUUAAAUUACAGAUUUGUAUCUCUUUGUGAGCUCCAAUCACAGCAGAAGAGCCCAUGUUGUAGUCAUCUAGCGUGGAGUGCUAGUCAGUUUGAGGAAUGGAAUCAGGGCAAAGAAAGCUUUCCAGGUGGACACAAGCCACUCAGUCGCACAAACCUGCUGCUGUGUGGCUAUCUAACAGACAAGAUCUGUAAUAUUCCAGGUACUUCAGAGAUUACAGGAGAGCAGAGCGAUGGAAAUUUGUAUCUGCAGGGCAAGAAUGGAUUCAUUCCUUGUGAGAUUCUCAAACUGGAUCUGCAAUGGUUGGGGCAUUUGGUACUGUUUUCUAGCUGGAGUUAUAUUCCUAUGAAAGAUUGGAGACCACAUGGAAUAGAAACUGGUUACCUUGAAAUAAUGGAAGCCCCGUGCCUCGUGCUUCCAAAACAGACAGUUGAUAAACUAAUGGGACCAAGCAGCCUGAACGUAUUGAUGCCUGACACUGCUAUUCAUCUCCUGAACAAAGGGGUUCAUCGUCAAAGAGUGAAGCUGAACAUAGCUGGAGAACUUUGCCGCCUGAGUUCAGUGUUGAGUAUCCGAGGGAAAACCUUCUUCUUCUUCUUUCUCAGCUCGUUUACAUCUGAUACUUGCCUUCCAGUUGUCAUUAAGGUUCCUGACAAACUCAUGUGGCAUCAAUGCUUAGAAGUUUCAAAGCAAUAUAUUAUCACAAAAGUCUUCAUUUCCAGCAUCCAAGGCACCAAUUAUAAGGUGUUUGUAGUGUCGUCAUCCUCCGACUUCUAUAAUUAUAACGAGGGAAUUGUGAAAGAACAAACAUUGGCAGAAUUUAUGCAGGCUACAAGUACAAGUCUGGUGCCACUUCCUCCCAAUGAAGGAUCUUUUCAGAGGAGACUGUCAAUGAGCCAGUCACCUGACAGCACCAUGGAAGAGGUUCUUGAGAGCAAAGAAUCUAAAAUAAUAUCGUACCAUGGUGUGAUAAGUAAAGUAUUGAAUUGUAGAGCAGGCCUUUAUGAACUGGAUGGCAAAUUGGGUCUCUGUGUAGCCUACCAGCAGUUAGUGAAUUAUGGACGAGGUUUACGUCCGGGAGCACAAGUGGAGGUCUUUGACGCCCACGUGCAUGUGAAGGUCUCGGACCAUCUCCCACGCAUCAUGCUUUGCUGCUGUCUCAGGAGCAUCUUGCAAAUCACACAAUUUUCUCGGCUGAGUACAGAAUAUCAUCCUUUCUCUCCCAGCUGCAACAUAUAUAUCUACUUGCUGUUCAAGUAUAACCUGGAUCUGCCCAGUUACUUGUGGCUAGUGCACAUUAUAGACACAUUUGUACAAAGAUUUUGCCCUUGCUAUACUUCACAGCAGCACAUGUUAAAGUGUGGAACCAAUGCUGGCAUCAUUGGGACAUUGUUUAACAGUAUUCUUGACUGUACGAAGUGGAAUUCACCUCGACCAACAAGGGACAUAUACCAGGAGAUACUAGCGGAGAUGCAUAAGUGUCCUGUUAUGGAGAUCUCACGUCUGAAUAUUCCAUGCCGGAUGCCAUCUUUGGCAGAACUGUUAUCCAUGGCUGAAGAACAAGCGUGGAACUCUCUCGACUUGUCCUCCUUGUUGCCAGAUAAUGAGAUAAGACACUUGGUAGCUUCGCAGCUUAAUAGUAAGCUUGCCUGGUCGUUUGAUGUUUUAGGACCUGAAGAUUUCCAACCCCAAAUGAUAUUGAAUGGGGUGUUCCAGGCUAAUUCAGUGACAGGUCAUUUGCAACUUGUGGAUGCAUCGGGUUCACUAGACUGUGUUUUGCAGAACUCUGAAGAGAGCCAAACAGCAUUUAGUGAUACCUCAUAUAUAGGCUGUCUGGUGCAGCUGCAGAAAUACCGAGUGGUUUUGGAGCGAUUUAUGCACUGUGAUUUCCCCUCCUCCAAACACCUUGACGAUCCUACAUUUGUUAAGGAGAAACACACCAGGGUCUACGUUGAGUGCUGUGCGGGUGAUCUGCAAGUGUUGGGGAAGAGUGCGAGUCCAGAGAGAGCAAGCCCAACGCCGCCAGCCACUGCUGGAGUGAAUGCCCGAACCUGCAGCUGCAAUGGUGCAUGCAAAAACCAUGAGGUCAAUAGCAUCACAUCCAAUCAGCACCAGCACGGCCCUUCCCUUCCCAAAAUGCCUCUGCUGGAGGAAGUUGUGCUGCAAGAAGGCCAUGUUGGUGAAAGUAGAAGAACUGUCUGUUCACACCCAUUAUGGAGCGGCAGAGCAGCGGCGGCGUCCCCGAGCGUGAAGGAGCAGCAGCGAGGAGCAGCUACUUGCACUGUCCACCCGGCAGCAUGCAAAGGCAAGAGGAAACACAAACGCCGCAGUGUAGGCUGCGUUACACAGUUAAUGGUAGUAACUCACAAAGAUGCCUUGAUGCUCAGGAACUGUCAAUAUGGCAGAAGCGAAGGCUCUGAGCAUACUAAUGGUUCUGUCGAAGCACUCGGCAAGAGGACUAAGGCAGGGCUGGGGCUUUCUUUCCACGUUACUGCAUUUACCCUAGAAAGCCCCAGACGCUGGAAAGAUGAAGGAAGCAUCGAGGGAUUGCUGGAACUGGAAACAGACCCCACUCUUUGUUCCGAAUACGACAACCGUACACAAGUGCAGCUGGAUUUCAUGGGUGAAGCUGUGAGAUGGUACCAUCUGAUAAACCACGAGGGAGUUUACCGAGUCAUUGGACCAGAACAGGUGGGAGCAUCUGUUUUUGAACAGCACUCUUCCUCCAUUCCAUUGAAGACUCUACAGAGCAUGAAUUGCCCUCGCUGCCUUGUUGUUCAACCUGACUGGAAGUUCCAGUAUAUUUCCACGUUCUCUGAUUUACGCCAAUCCCCACUUUCCAAAAAACAAACAAAUACAUUUGCUUACUUUGAAAAAUUGGCCUCAGAAAUUCCUCAUCCAAGAACUGUUCAAGACGUACUCUCUGGCAGUUUCUCAGCAUCGCUUGUCUCUUUCACGGGAAUUAUAUUGGAAAGAAUGUGCUUUGAAUCCAAAAGAAGGCCCAACUUUCCAUCUUUUAUAACUGAUAUCAAUACAAAAGGUGUAUUGGUUCCUGGUGACUGGGGUCUGAAGUUCACCAUUGGUCAUGUUCAGGAUAGAACCAUAGCCUUGGAUGUCUAUGUCGACCUCUCGCAAUUAACCUAUACCAUUGGGAUCUUGCCUGGAACCAUUGUGGCAUUCUAUAAUUUAGAGAGAAUUACAUCCAGGCACAACAAUGUGUACUGCAAAUUCGUGCCUCGGAGUAGUGUUUCAGUCCUUGCGUUUUCUUCGUCGGAGGCUAAAAGUUCAUCGAGAAGUACACUGAUUACAGAUCGGCCCCAUGUCUAUCUUGGAGAUUUAAUCUCUGGGAAGGAGAGCUGCCGACAGGGCACUGUUUGCUGCCAUGUGGUUAACCUUCAAUGGAUGAAACUACAGUGGGUGUGCAGUCGUUGCAGCAGUAUUUAUAAACAGGGAAGGUGUACGAGAAGUUCUGAACCCUGCCCGUCUGCAGUCGGUGUAUUUCAUGCUAAUACAAAGAUUAUUGUGGAGGAUGGCACGGCAGAGGCUUGGGUGCACUGUAAAGAUAAGCAGGUGGCAGACUUGUUGCAACUCAGCUCCACAGAGUGGGAAGGACUGCAGCAACAUGUCGGUCAGCGGGGAAAUGUGUUUUUCCUGUACCAGGGUCGCAGUGGACACGAAUUGCAUGAAGAGAAUACUGGAGAUCUCCUAAUGCAGUACCUUGGAACCGUCUGUGCCAGCACCAUGGUCUGCAGGCCCAUUCAGCUUGCCUUCAAAGUUGACUCGCGAGUCAAACCCAAGUUGGGACACACUGAAACCUUUCAAAUGAAGAUAUUGAGAAGUGGAGAUCACCAGUAUUGCACCAAGAUGGCGCCUGGCUUGUCUUUGACUUGUUUGCACAUAAAGGAAGUGGACUAUCGAAUGCUUUGCCACUUGGGAAAUGAUAGACUGAUCUGAUAGUUAUUGGAAUUCUUUGACUUGUGCAGCUGUAGCCUAAGAAAUAAGUCCUCGCAUGAAUCAAGAAAUGAUUGUCGUUGUUUACAAUGUGUUGCUAACAGUGGAAUAAUUGAUACAUCGCAGCCCGUUGAGGGAAAAGAAUAUUAUAAUGAAUUAAAUUGACUGGUUUUACCCAGUGUGUUGUUACAAAACAAUACUUUAAUUACCAUUUGUAAUUAACAAAAUCCCCAUUAAAUGCAACAUGGAAUGAUUUAAAUUGUAAUAUUUAUUUUGACGAUGUACAGUGUAACUUUGAAAAUAAAACUGUUUUAUUUCAACAUUAA